CCCAAAUUGAAAUUAGGGAAAGUUGAGAAAAUGGAGAAUGCCCAAGGUUUCCAUGGCCCCCAGGGACCCCCUCCCCAACCAACACCCGGCAACAACGAAUGCAUUGUUCGAGAACAAGACCGGUUGAUGCCGAUAGCAAACGUGAUUCGUAUCAUGCGAAACAUCCUCCCUCGCAAUGCCAAGAUCUCUGAUGAUUCCAAAGAGACAGUCCAAGAAUGUGUUUCCGAGUUCAUCAGCUUCGUGACUAGCGAAGCUAAUGACAGGUGCCAACGUGAGCAAAGGAAGACUAUAACCGCUGAAGACAUUCUUUGGGCAAUGAGCAAGCUCGGGUUCGAGGACUACCUCGAGCCCUUGACCCUGUACCUCCAUCGCUACAGGGAGACCGAUGGUGGAGAACGUGGGCCCAUGAGGGCAGCUGAGCCACAAGCCAGGCCGGUUGGCAUGGGUGAUGGUUAUCAUAUGAGUCAUCAUCAUCUCUUUGGCCCUGCUGGACUAAUGAAUGGUGAGUCAUCAAAUGCUGCUGGUCCUUCUGGGCCUGUUGCUGGGUUCAAGCCAUAUGCUCAGUGUAAAGAGUAGGGCUUGAUCAUAUAUGGCAUAGUGGCUAUAUGAUAUGAUGGUCAUGUUUCAUGUUUGUUUCUUUUUUUUCUUUUUUUUUUUUUUUUCUGUCAUGGAGGCUAUAUAAUACUAUGCCAUAGGGUGUUUGUGUGUUUGACUUUGGAUACCAUCAUAUAUAAUACUAUG